AUGGAUACACUUAAAGCGCACUUGAUUAGUCCACCUGUCCUACAGUAUUUUUAUGUGCACAAGCCGGUGAUAUUGUUUGCUGAUGCUUCACAGCAUGGUCUUGGUGCAGUCUGUCAUCAAGACAGCAGACCUGUGGCAUUUGCAUCCAGAGCCCUCACUAAGACCGAAGCCCACCAUGCACAAAUUGAGAAAGAAUUAUUGGGACUGAUGCUCUUUCAUGUGCACACCCCCACCACUGAUAGCCCUGAUACUAUUGAGGAUUAUGAUGUGUUGACUCUGGAUGGGGUAUUGUUGUCCAGAAACCUUGAGGAACUUAAGCAAAAGACACGGUCAGAUGCCAACUGUCAGCGCCUCAUGGACAUCAUUCUCAAUGUGUGGCCUGGCUCAUUCAAAGAAGUCCCACAUGAUAUCCAACCAUUUUACUCUGUGAUGGAUGAAUUGACAGUGGAUGAUGAAUUAAUUCUGUGUGAUUGCUUGGGAUCCCAUUUUACUUGGCUGCAAGCAAUAUUUACGAAUUUUCCAGCUUUACUAAAUUUUGUGAGCAAAUUAAAAUGUGUCACUGGGCUUUGUCCCAAAGACUUUGAAGACUAUGGCUGUACGUGUAGGUUUGAGAUGGAGGGUCUUCCAAUUGAUGCAACAGACAGCUGUUGCUUCCAGCAUCGCAAAUGUUACGAAGAAGCUCUUGAAUUGGACUGCACCUGGGACCCAGCAGAAUUUUCCACUGAUGUCAGCUGUCUGUCCAAAAACCUUACAUGUGAGGCUGGAGGUUCUUGUGAACGGCUUCUAUGUAGCUGCGACAAAGCGGCCAUUGAAUGUUUUCUAAACGCGCACAUUAACGUCUCGAUGAAAGGUGUGGAUAUCACAUCCUGCCCAGCUUUAGUUACAGUUUUUCCAGAUACAACUGGCAGGAAACAUAUGACAGCAUUUGAAUCCAAAAUUCAGCAAAAUAGAAGUGUUGAUACAGUUCAUUCUCCACCAGAAGAAGGAGAGCAAAUUAAUUUGCCAAAUGGUGUCACCACAUUUCCUUCUGCAGAAGAGAUAAUCACAAUGGAUAAAGCUACACCUCAUCUGGUCAGCACAGAAGCCCCUGUUGUAAUGUCAACAGACAAUGCUAUAGGAGCCAACAUUCUUAAAUCUGGGGCAACUACCAUCAGUAACAAUGACCCUGGAACAUCGUCAGCCAGUGGAAAGAAUCCUACACUCAAAGAAAGCACAAGUCUGACUCCAGAAGGUAUAACCUAUAAAAGAAGUGUGACAACUGCAGUUCACAAUACUACUCGCAGAACCAACCUAACCUUAACAUCUGAAAGAACAGGUUUUAAAAUGGCAGAAGAUAGUACAGUUCGCUCUGAUGUUUUGCCAGUGACAGAAAAUGAUCCUGAAGAAUCAGUUGAGAAAGUCUGUGACAGGUUUACUUUUCAUCAAGUGAAGGCGAAUGGAGAAGAUACAAGAGAAUUACCACUUCUUGGCGAAAUGCUCUUUUGCUUGACUGGGAAAUGUCCAGAAGAAUUUGAAUCACAUGGCUGCUACUGUGGGCAGGAAGGCAGAGGGAAUCCAGUUGAUAUAUUGGACAGCUGCUGUUUUUCUCAUCAGUGCUGUAUUGAGCAUCUGAAGAAAUUAGGCUGUCAACCAGAUAGGAAUAUACGAUCAGAAGUUAUAUGUUUGGACCACAAACCUACAUGUGUUGGAUGGAGCAUAUGUGACAAGUUAAUAUGUUCAUGUGACAAAGCAGCUGCUGAAUGUAUGGCAGACGCUCCCUUCAAUAGUACAGCGAGAUCAGUCAGCAGAAAUCAGUGUCAAGGUGAGACAGUUCUAUGCAGAAAUGGAGGAGCCCAGGAAAAACCUGCUGGGGAUUCUGGAUCAAAGUCUGACAGUUCAAGCUCAGAGGAAAGCAGCGAGGAACACAGGCCAAUGCGGGACAUUGUGCAAGCAGGAGAUGCAAUAAAACCAUUACCUCUGGAGAGACGGCCACGUUCUGUGUCUACCAGACAGUAACAUGCAAA